UGACGUGGGAAGCAAAGGUCAGUGGGCUAAGCAUAUAGGCGGCAUACCGAUUCCCGUACACGUAUCCGCACGCACUCUCGCAGAACCGCUAGCAACCGAAGCGCAAUGGCGGACAACCUAUUCAGCUUAGAUAACGAUGUAUUCGCUAACUUCACUUUCUACGCGGCUUUCAUCGUCUGGAAGAUGUGCAUGGUUUCUGUGGUGACUGCCAUAACGAGGUUUAAGAAAAUGGCGUUUUCCUCCGCGGAGGACUGCAAGUCUGACCCUUCCGGCAAGCUAAAGCCGAUCUUGAAUGAUGAAGAUGUGGAGCGAGUAAAAAGAGUGCACAUGAACGACUUGGAGAACAUCGUCCCCUUCGUGCUGCUGGGGUUCCUGUACGUCGGCACCGCCCCGUGCGUCGUCCUCGCCACGUGGCAUUUCCGCGUGUUCGUCGUCGCACGCUUCCUGCACACGAUUUUUUACAAACACGCCUUCAGACAGCCCCUGCGCGCCAUCUCGUGGGUGAUUGGCUUCCUCGUCAACAUCUCUAUGUUCGUGCAGAUCAUGUACACGGUGUGCACGUUAUAGGAGCUGCUGCGAAGUUAGUGGGAGAUGGAUAGAUAGGAUUGUAGAUUGUUCCGUGCUAUUUCAAACUAUUCCCGUCCGCCAUGAUUCAUAUAGCUAGACCUUUACUUGAACAUAGACCUUGUAUCUAGACCUUACUUGUACACGCUGUGUAGGCCGUACGUAAGCUGCUGGAUAGAGAUGGGGGGUGGCUAGAUAGGAUGGAAGCUAGAUGAAUAAUAAUGAAAAUUUUCUUGCUAUUCCUGGUUAAGAUUUCCAGCUCAUUCAUGUUCUCUUGGCGCGGUUCGUUUAGCCUGUGACGAGGGAAGUAGGGACAUAAUCCCUUCCUAGGGUUUUCUGGUCAUCAUGUUCGUCUAGUGACACACGCUGGGAUUUCUGUACUCUCAUGACCGUAGUGUACGUAGCACCGAAGUUCAUAUCAAAAAAUUUAUAUCAAAGUACACGUCUCAUGUAUGAAAUAGAAACGAAAUAAAUUACUAGAAUGUUUACCAACAAAA